CAUUUCAGAUAUAUGCUUGAUAGGCCUCGCAUCAAACCCAUUAUUGAAGAUUCAACAUUUGAGAAAAAUCGUUUGGUUUUGCUGUCUGAAAUGGUACAAAACCCUGAUUUAUCUGAGGUUCCAUGUCAAAAGCGGGAUGAACUAAGGGCCUUAUGUAAUUUUAAUGUUUUUCCCUAUUCUCUAACACUUGGGUAUUCAUAUUGGGGCGCAGAUCACAUCUUGAAGCAAAUACUACCAUCUGGUGUGGAGGCACCUUCUUCUUUUGAGACAAUAGGUCAUAUUGCUCAUUUGAACAUAACUGAAGAGCUGCUUCCAUACAAGGAUAUCAUUGCAAGGAUCAUCUAUGAUAAAAAUCAACCAAAAAUCAGAACUGUGGUGAAUAAGGUUGGAACUAUAACAAAUGAGUUUCGGGUGCCAAAUUUUGAAGUACUUGCUGGAACAAAUAAUAUGAUAACUGAAGUUAAGCAAUAUGGUGCUACAUUUAAACUUGAUUUUAGUUUGGUUUAUUGGAAUUCAAGACUUGAACAUGAGCACAUUCGGUUAGUUUCCCAGUUCCAACCUGGAGAAGCCAUUUGUGACAUGUUUGCUGGAAUUGGUCCCUUUGCCAUCCCUGCAGCGCAAAAAGGGUGUUUUGUAUUUGCUAAUGAUUUGAACCCUCAUAGUAUUCAUUACCUAAAGGUUAACGCAAAGAUUAACAAAGUGGAGGAUAAUAUGAUUGCUUAUAACAUGGAUGCUAGAGAAUUUAUGCGCCAUUUGAUGACAGUAUCAAAAUCUGAGCUAGACACAGACACACAAUUGACCGACAUAUUGGUUGCAAAAACAAAUGAAAUUCCAGUGGUUAAAGGGCCAUCAGAAGAUGUCACUGAGCCACUGGAAACUGGAACCACUUAUAAAGAAGGCCUCCAUUAUUCAGCCACAACAGCACAUACUGCUGCUAAAAGACGGCCAAGAUUUAGCAGGGAAGAUAAAAAAGCUAAUGAUGAUUUCACAAAUGGAUCAAGUCAAAGAGAUGGAAAUUUUAAGAAAAGGAUCAGAGGAUAUAAAUUUCCACUGCCUAGGAUCUCAGAACAUUUUGACCAUGUGAUAAUGAAUCUCCCAGCUGCUGCUUUACAAUUUCUUGAUGUUUUUAAGGGUCUUCUCCAAAGAAGAUACUGGAAAGGAUCUCUACCUUUAUUACACUGCUAUUUCUUCUUGCGGUCAAAUGAAACUGCAGAAUCAAUACUACAAGAGGUGGAAGCUACAUUGCAGUCUAAGAUACCUGAUCCAGUUUUUCAUCGAGUUCGGGAUGUCGCCCCAAAUAAGGCUAUGUUCCGUUUGAGUUUCAGACUACCAGUGGAAUCACUAGUGGAAGAGGAGAAGGUCAAAGAUGGCAAGCCAUCUGAAUCCAAUCUAUAACAUUAUACAGUCUUCAGGCAAGGUAGGAGCUUUUUUAGUACAUGAAACUUCUGUAUCAUGUCCAUUCAUUAAAAUUUCUACUACCUGUAAUAUAAAUUCAAUUCCACUGUCGAUUUGUAGGUUUUUUUUGCUCCCCAUUUUUAUCCUAAUUUUUGUCAUUACAAUUGCUGUAAAUUAGAGUUAUAAUCUUAUCAUAUCAAAUUCAUUAGAAAUACAUUUCAUUACUGGAUUGAAAAUUAUCUUGGUUGUUUGUACCGAUACAAAUAUGAAUGCCCUUAUUGCUCAAGGAGUUGAUCAAUACUAGAAUGCUGGAAUCAAAUCCUCUGGGAGUAUUUUGUAAUACUCAUUAAAAAUAUUGUAUUAAGUUCUAGAGUCUAAGUAUCAUCUUGUGUCAUGAAUUUAUCGUACUUAUUGAGUGAAAUUUUCUAUGUACUUUUGGUGUUGUUUCCC